AUGGCUGGGGCGAUGGGUUUCACUCCCUCCACCUUGAAGGGAAACACGGGGAAGGGGUGCAACUGUGACCGUGACCAGUUCUCUUGCGUAGGGGUGGAGGGUGAAGGCGAGACGCAGGACGGGAGGGCGCCACGCAAAGUGACGCGACAACCUGCACUGAAGGCCGCCACAGCUGCCUGCUGCUUGCCAGGUAUAUAUGGCGCCACCAGCCCAGGAAGACAAGUCACUUUGGCGAUUCAGUCAGCAGUGAGCAGCAUGACAGUCCUCCCAGUCGCCCUCGGCGUCAGCCUCCUGCUGGCCUCCUGCAACGCCGGCAUCAUCUACGGCGGCCAUGGCGGCGGCGGCGGACAUGUCGGCGGAGUCUCCACCAGGGUGGUAGUGUCAGGCGGUCACGGUGGUGGCGGCGGCUACGGUGGUGGUGGAUUCGGUGGUGGAUUCAUUGGAGGCCAUGGCGGCGGCGGCUACGGUGGCGGUGGAUUCGGUGGCGGAUUCGGCGGUGGUUAUGGCGGCGGCUACGGCGGUGGCGGUCAUGGUGGUGGACACAUUGGUGGAAUCACCAGAGUGGUUCACGUCUCUGGAGGAUACGGCGGCGGCGGCAUUGGAGGCGGCUUCAUCGGCGGUCACGGCGGCGGCGGCGGCGGCGGCGGCGGAGGCUACUACGGCUACGGCAAAUAAGACUCAAAGUUCCUUCAGCGACAACAAACUUGUGUCUUGAACGACCUCGACCACCUGUACAUAACAUACUGCUCCUCCUCCUCCCCCUCAGACAGACACGUCACACCUGCACCACCUGAGCGCCGCGCCCAUGCGUGGUGGCAGGGACCAGGUGUGCGUCCAAAACUUACGCCGGAGAAACUACGCUGUUUGUAAAACUGCAAUAAAAUACUUGCAACUUCCA